ACCGCUGGUCUCAGGAGGACAUGCUGACUCUGUUGGAGUGCAUGAAGAAUAACCUGCCUUCCAACGACGGGAGCAAGUUCAAAACCACCGAGUCCCACCUGGACUGGGAGAAAGUGGCUUUCAAGGACUUCUCAGGGGAGAUGUGCAAGAUGAAGUGGAUGGAGAUUUCUAACGAGGUGAGGAAGUUUCGGACCCUGACAGAGCUCAUUAUGGACGCCGAAGAGCACGUGAAGAAUCCUUACAAGGGCAAAAAGCUCAAGAAACACCCCGAUUUCCCCAAGAAGCCCCUGACUCCCUAUUUCCGCUUCUUCAUGGAGAAGCGGGCCAAAUAUGCCAAGCUUCACCCCGAAAUGAGCAACCUGGAUCUCACCAAGAUCCUGUCCAAGAAAUACAAGGAGCUUCCUGAGAAGAAAAAGAUGAAAUACAUCCAGGACUUCCAGCGAGAGAAGCAGGAGUUUGAGAGGAACCUGGCAAGGUUCAGGGAAGAUCACCCGGAUCUCAUCCAGAACGCCAAGAAGUCUGACGUCCCUGAAAAACCCAAGACCCCCCAGCAGCUGUGGUACAACCACGAGAAGAAGAUCUACUUGAAAGUGCGUCCAGAUGUGAGUACG